CAGAAGUGCAGCAAGUUUCCAGCAUGGCUGAUGCAUACUACCGGCAAGUGAGGCAAGUGAGGCAAGUGAGGCAAUCUUCCCGCUCUCGAUCUCCAAAGGGCCGAAGUUCUGAGGAGAAGAACAAAUGCAGAUUCUGUGGCACCUACGCUGUUUGCGAGUUUGGGCGUGACGAAGAAUUUUGCAGCAGUUCCUGCUACAUUGAUGCCAGCAAAGGCGUGGAAGCUUUAGAAUGGGACAACUCAGAAGCGGCUUCCUGGCUCCGCGUGGAGGGCCUGGAAAGAUGGAAGCGCCAGCUGUCCGUUCUGCGUGAUGGCCAUGCACUGCUCACGACUCUGAACGAAGGGGUUCUGCGACGAGUGGGUGUGCCCAAGCGCAAAGCUAAAGAAGUCAUGAAACUUGGCUUUCGGCUGGGUGUAAAUGCUCCUGGCCGAAGCAUGACUGAUACCCAAGCUUUAAAGGCUUUGGCAGCUGAAGGGUUCAGGUGGCAGCAGGUCUUUUGCCAAGCAACUUGGGCGCAGAUGUUGCAGCAAGACGACGCAGUGCAGUUGCAUGCAGAAAGCAUUUGGUUCAAGCGGUUGGGCAAGCAGUACUUCCAAGCGCGAAGGGCCAUUGAAGAGCUGGGCUAUGGAUCAGCUGCCGAUGCAGUGGACUGGCUACAGAAGGGCGGUGGCAUUCACGAAGUUAACGAAUUUCUUCGGCGUGCCCAUCACGACGACGUGCAUUCAGUUCCCCACUACAGCGUAAAAUGUGGAGAGUCAGAUGCAGAAAGCUUUAGUGGAGCUCAAGACAGCAGGACUUUCUACCAGAUCUUCCGGGCGCUGCUUCAGAGAGCUGAGAUGACAAUGCGAAAGUGGCCUCAGGCCUUCAAACUCUACAUCGGCAUCAUCGGCAAAGGUAGCACGCCCGGCUUUGCCCAGUGCUUGGCAGCUGGUGACAGCGGCGUCGACGCGGAGACGCAGAAGGUGAGGGGCGGCCUUCGGGCCUUCGGGCCUGCGCUGAAGAGAAUUGAGGAACUAAAGAAGCAGUUGGAGAAGCUGAAGGCUAGCGCUGCAACCCUACAGCGUGAGUGGGAUGAGCUCAACGCCAAGUGCCAGAAGUUUGAUCAGGAAAAGGCGGAGGCGAGUGGAAAGGGCGGCACAGCCAUGGCGCGGCAUGUCAUGAUCAGUGCUAAUGACUUAGCCAUGGUGAGGAGAUUGGCAUCUGUCAGUAGCAAUGACUUUGCUUUUGCGGCCACUGGAACUUGCGGCAGUGGCCAGUUUCAGAUGCCUCAGGCGGCAGAGGCUUCUUGUCCCAAGUGUGGAGUGGCCGGCGCAUGCUCCUGUGGGCUUCAGCCUGACGUCCCUGCUCAGGCUCAUGAUGGACGUGGAAUGCGGUUGGCCAAACUGCUUGGAGGAGCCAUACCUAAGACGGUGUACGCGGAAGCCGCUCGAAAGCUUCGCCGACGGGAAGGCGUGCUGACGCCGUUGGAGUUUGAGUAUUUCGCUGUGCGCGAAAUUGGACUAGACUUGGAAACAGCACGCAAGGCGUGUGGGGCCUGCCUGGAGGCGCAAGCAAAGAUCCAGGCUGGCGUCACUCUUGCUCCACCAGUCCUGGAAACUGGUGUGGAGACUUCACUCCUCGCAGAGGCAUUGGAGGACUGUGCUGGCGAGGAGAUUGCAGAUCCUGGUUUUGUGCUGGAGGCUCGCCUCGAGUUGGAAUGGCGAUCAGUGAUAGGCCUGGGUGCCAGUGCAGCCGCUGGAGAGUUGAGACUCUUUGCUGCUGAACUGCGACCGCGUGAAUUGCCCAAGGAUACGUUGCUGGCACAGAUGAAUGCACGCGAAGCUGAACUGGGCUAUGGAUGUGCUGCCCCAAGCCCCAUGGCCACCAUGAGCAAGAUGCCAACGUCAAGGCUCCGAAAAAGGCUAUGGCCCACAAAAAACCGCGACCUGCUUUGUGUGGAGGAGGAAGCACCUGUGUUGGGAUGCGAGGACAACUCGAUGUUCUUUCUCCGCUUUGGGCUUUGUGCCAGCCGAGAUGUCUACCCCAGUGUGGCAGAGGUGACCCCUCGAGGAAUGCUGGCAACACCUCGGCUCAAUGCUCCAGAGGCUUCAUGGAUCGUUCCUCACAUCGUCUUCGUGUCUCCAGCGCUUAGAUACACCCGGUUGCCUCCAACUGGAAUGUGGUGCGUGCAUAUGCCUCAGCCAGAUGCCGAAUCUGUGGCAGAUUGGUAUGCCAUGGACUCCGUGACAGCUUGGUUGGUAGAGGGUGCCGAUGUGGAACGGGAGUUGGAUGACAUCGGCAACCCGGCUGUUGAUCAUUGGGGCAACAUUUGGAUACGUGGUCGCGUGUGCAAAGUGAAAGAUGGAGGGCUGGUGGACCUCGCCUAUUUCGAUGGCUCCAACGAGUCCGACGUGCCCUUCGCCGACCUGCGGCCGCUGCUGCCGGUCUUCGUGCCACCACCUCGGCCGCCGCGCCCGGCGGAGCCGGAGGGACCGGAGGGACCGGAGGCAGUGGUUGAGGAUCAGCAUGAGGCCCCACGGCAGAGCGUCUCCUUACGCGAGCGUAUCGCAGACUUGCGAGAGAAAGCUGGAUUGCUGGACCGCAAUGUGCAGCAUUUGCGCGCUCGCCAGGAUGUUGGCCUUGCCGCCUUGCAAUCUGCUAACAACAGCGUUGCGGAAGCGCGCUCGGCCAUGAAUCAGAGAAUGCAGUGUGCCAAUGAAUGUUUACUGGAAAUCCUGGAUUUGGUCAAUGAGGCCAAGGUCACCUUGGGCGAUGCCGCCUGCAGCGCCGGCUUCCGCGACCUGGCCGUCCUGGAGCGCUGCAAGCACCGUGGGGCGCAGCCUGGCGAGGCGAAGAUCCGGGCCGAGGGCCAUGAAGUCAUCGAGGCCUGGGUGCCGCAGGUCGCUCCGCAGGUCGCUGAUGGGAGCCCUGGGAGCCGUGGCAGCUGCGGCAGCUGCGGCAUCUCAUCCACCCUGCGGUUGACGGGGUAUCCAUGGCCUCAAGUACUGGAGACCACAGUGAGAUGGCUACGGCACCACUGUGCACUGGGAUUUUCUCCGAUUAUUCUGUUUUUGGAUGAGCCGGAUGAAAACAAAGAGGAGUCUUUGGCUUCCGCUUUGGCGAGUUUCGAUUCACUUCACUUAGUCAGACGGUCAGAGAUGCGAGCGGCUUGGCGCCAGCAUGGAUCUUUGUGGGAUGAGUUUGGUGGUCAGACUGACUCUGAACUGUCAGCGAAACAGAUCCUAAACUGCGCAACGGCUCAGAGCAUCGCCUGCCGUUCGGGAGUGGACUGGCUGCUUUGCAACCUGGACCUGGAUGAAGCCGUUUGCUUUAGCGCAGGUGGUGUGGCACAGCAUUUUCAUGCCGUGCCUGCCGAGGUGUCUCAGAUUGUGUACAUAAAUCAUGAGGCCAUCGUUGCAGACGCUGAAACCGGCAGUCAAACAACGUGGUUUGACCAAAUCGAGCACUUCAAGAUCUCUCCCGUCCUGAAGCUGCCCUUUAUAGGACGAAGGUUCCCAUCUGAUGAGGAGCCACAAAUCCUAGACCAUCCUGAAGGGAUUGGUGAAAAGACCCUGCGCUUUUGGCAAGCACACAAUGCACGAUUAUCGGAUCAGUACAAUUUUAAGAAAAGGAGUGGUGGAAACACCUGCUCCUACUUUGAUGGAUACAUGAGAGGCAAAGCUGCAGUUCGUGUGAAAGCUUUGGACAGCGCUGUUCCUAGAGUUCACCGAUGGCAUGGGGACCUGCAAACCGUCGUUUGCCACCCUGGGGUGGUGUCGCUCUUGCACUACAUCAACUGUGGUGGAUUGGAUUGGUUCGAGGCCAAGUAUCAGAUCCGGGGCUCAGAAGAGGCAAACCGACUUUGGUUUCAUGUUUUAGCACAAGAGCGUGCCAGAGUUGGAAGGGAAGCAUUGAAAGAACUGUAUGAUGAUAUUCUUUCUAUCCCUCGCCCUGACUUGGACCAGCAAAUCUCUGAGGGCUUUGUUGCUCCUCUGAAAUUGAGCAUAGGGGAAACUGCAGAAACCCAGUGCUUAGCUUCCGUGCAUCAAGGAUUCUGGGGUUGGGCAGUGGUGGGUCUUGGUGACCAGCUUUAUGUACACAUGCCCUUGGCCUCGGCUCUCAAUGACUCUCUUCAGCCUGAUCUCCAAGACUUCCUGGGACAGGCAGUCAUUCAUCAACUCAGCCCUGGUGAAGUGAUGGAACUUAAUGUGGGGAAUAGCGGUGUCGUCCCAGUCUUGGUAAGUGAAAUCCCCAAGCAGCGGGGCUGUUUAUUGCUGGACGUUUUACGAAGCCAAAGGCCACCAACUGCUGGCAUUUUCCUGGGGGUGUCCAUGACAGCACCUGGCGACCAGCCUGGACAGACACCAAAUUUCCAAUGGCUGUCGACAGUCAACGUUGGCCCCUCCAGUGGAUGGCGAUGUCGUAUUCAGACGCAUCUGUGGCCCGAGUCCAGCUCAACAGUUGCCAUUUGGGUUCUCACGGCGACUGAGACUUUCAGACCUAGCGCAGUAGCUCAUAGUGCAGCAGUUGUCUUUGAGGAAUUGAAGAUAGAUUCCCAGUCUGGACAGAAGUGUAGCGCUCAGCUCAGCUUCGAACAUGAGACAACUUGGCUACCCUCGGAGCUCCAUUUUUCAUAUGCGGCGUUCUAUGCUGCGUAUGGUGCCAUAGAUGGCAGGGCCAUAGCUGAGGAGGCAACAGGUAGCUCGAGCAUUGAGCUGACCUAUGCUGAAAUCGAGUUUGCCCCUUUUUAUGACUUGCUGGCACAGGUCGCACAGCCUCAGCCAGGAGAAACCUUUUUGGACCUUGGCAGCGGCACUGGGCGAGCUGUGAUUGCUGCAGCUCUGGCAUUUCCCUCCUUGGCUUGUUGCACAGGUUACGAGAUAGUUGAGCCACUGCAUCAGACCGCCCAAAGUGCAUCAGCAGCUUGCGCGCAGCAGUGCGCUUCUGCAGGGCAAGCCCUGGCGCCAGUGGAUCUGCGGCUGGAAAGUUUUACGACGAGUGCUUGGGAGCAGCAUCCCUGGGACAUUGUUUGGGUGGCAUCCCUAUGCAUGAGGCCUGAGACCCUGGCGGACAUCCUGCAGCGGGUGCUCACUCUCCAACCCGGAGCACGCAUCCUGACCAUGGAUCCGUUUUUCGGAGAUGGAGUUCCUGGUCUUCAGCGCAUCUUCCACAGCGGCCCGGAGCCAAGAUUGAGACCACCCCAGCGGGCCCAAGCGGUUUCUUGUGGGCCUGAGCAGCAAGUUCCCUCACCAGAGCCAUCAGCAGGACAAGUUCGGAGAGGGGUUGCUCCAAUUCCACUCAAGACCAAUGGCUACGGGAGGUAUUUUCUGCGAAGCUCCUCUGACUCAGAUUUAAAGUGUGCAACUGAGUGA